GCGUUUGCGGCGCGAGCGUCAGGCAGGCGAGCCUCCCGUUGCCCUGGCAACCGCCCGGGACCUGCCGUUCCAUCCCCUUCAGCCUGGGUUUGCACCUUGCAAGGGAGGCGCUUGAGGAGGCGGAGCCAGGAAAGGAGGAGAAGGAGGCGGCGCGCGGACAGUAAAGGUUUUCAGAUCAUCUGCUGCAAGGAGAUAAUGAGUCGUCUGCAUCAUAGAAUAUGAGUGGUAAAAGAGAUCUGAGAUGCAACCACAUUCCUAUUUAGUUUUAAGCUUUUCCUCAGAUUUACUUCCUGCAUUACUCUCUUCAUCCCUAGGACCCAGUCUCUUCAUAUUCAAAUGGAAAAGUAUGAGAUCCUUGGUCUUGUGGGAGAAGGAAGCUAUGGAAUGGUGAUGAAAUGCAGGAACAAGGAGAAUGGCAGAGUGGUUGCCAUCAAGAAAUUUUUGGAAAGCGAGGAUGAUAAGAUGGUUAAAAAAAUUGCCAUGAGGGAAAUUAAGCUUCUCAAGCAAUUAAGGCAUGAAAACCUGGUGAACCUGCUGGAAGUUUGCAAGAAGAAAAAAAGAUGGUACCUAGUGUUUGAAUUUGUGGACCACACAGUCCUUGAUGAUCUUGAGAUGUUUCCAAAUGGCCUGGAUUAUAAUAGAGUUCGAAAAUACUUAUUUCAAAUUAUAAAGGGGAUAGGAUUUUGUCAUAGUCACAAUAUUAUACACAGAGACAUUAAGCCUGAGAAUAUAUUGGUUUCCUAUUCGGGAAUCAUCAAGCUCUGUGACUUUGGUUUUGCACGAACACUAGCAGCCCCAGGUGAAGCGUACACAGAUUAUGUAGCAACACGGUGGUAUCGAGCUCCCGAGCUAUUGGUUGGAGAUAUCAAAUAUGGCAAGGCUGUAGAUGUGUGGGCUAUUGGCUGCCUGGUAACGGAAAUGCUUACAGGAGAACCCCUUUUCCCUGGUGACUCUGAUAUUGACCAGUUGUACCAUAUUAUGAAAAGUAUGGGUAACUUAAUACCAAGGCACCAAGAAUUGUUCUAUAAAAAUCCUCUCUUUGCUGGGGUGAGAUUGCCUGAAGUGAAGGAUCUUGAACCUCUUGAAAAACGGUAUUCCAAGCUCUCUGUUGCAGUCAUAGAAUUUGCUAAGCGGUGUCUGCAGACCGAUCCAGACAAAAGGCCAUCUUGUGCUGAACUCUUGCAGUAUGAUCUGUUUAACAAAGACGGUUUUGCUGAAAGAUUUGCUCAAGAACUUAAAGGCAAGAUUCAGAAAGAAAGAGACCACCCUUUGCCUAAGAAGUCAAAAAUAAUUAGGAAGGAUAAAGAUGAUUCCGGUGAAGAUAGAAAAAUGCUUGUAAUCCAGGACCUGAGUGUUGAUUCCAAGAUCAAAGACUCCAAGCUGUUUAGAAUGAAAUUGUCCAAGACUGAUAUAGAGAAAUCUGGCAGAUCUUCAAAUACAAGUUUCCUGUAUGAGAACGGAGCUGGGCAAGUCAAAGCCAUUCCUCCUGUAACACUGAAAGAUUCAUGCAGCAGUUUGGAUUAUAUAAAGAAUCCCAGCAUGGUGAUUCCUCCCAUUACACAGAACUGUUCUACCAUGUCAUCCAGUAUCAGUGGCACUGGGACGAAAUUGGGAACACAUAACUACAGGGCUGAUGAGAAGACCAAAAUAUAUUUCAAUCCAUUCAUAAAGCAAGGCAAAAAAUCACCACAAGGACAUUAUAGUAUGAACCUGACAGCAUUGAUCUCAAAUGAAAACAGUGUCCUUCAAACAAACAAGAAACGGUGGGAGUUUCCCAGAACAAACGUGCGUUUGCCAGAGCUGAACCACAGCCAUCUCCCUGAACUCAAGUGUGUAGAUGCUCGGAAUUCCAGAUUUCCGAAGAAAGAAAAUAAAGUUGUUUCGGAAUCUCGCAUGCCAUCUCUUGCCACAAUAGAUCUUCAAAACUCAAGCCUGGCCCUGCACCAGAUAUCUGGGAUCUCCUUGCAAGAUGCUACAGAAGCCACGUUCCCCAGGGUAGAACACUAGUUAUACAUAGAACUGAAGAUUCACUCCAGAAAACAUCUACCGCACUUCUACACUCCUGUUGCCUUUUGGAUGUUCAGGAUG